AACUGGGGCACUUAAAAUGAUCAAAUCUUUUUGGAAUGAUCCCGUCAUAAUACUCUAUAUAUUAAUUGGCGUACUGGUUAUAGAUAAACUCUGGUCGAUCUAUCUCAUAAUGCGCGAGAUUGUAGUCGUCUAUCACGUGCAUGAGGUGCCGGAGGUGCUGCGUCCAUAUUUGUCGGGAGAUCUCUUUAAUACAAUGCGCACCUACAAGCUGCACAAGAGUUGGUUCACCAUUGUGAAUACGCUCUGGAUGGUCGUCAUCUGUGGCUGCCUCGAGCUCUACCUCGGUUUCUAUGCGUACCUGUGGGAGUUGGCUAACAUGAUAGCAUGGCUGCGUUGGAUGAAGCACGAAGUUGUCGUCUCCAUCAUCUUUGCGUGUAUUUUCAACCUUUACUUGUUGAUCAAAUCUGUGCCGGGAUUGCUCUACGAGAAGUACUGCAUCGUCAGUCUGGUCAAAAGGCAACCAGUGAUUUGGUAUUUCCGCAUCUUAAAUCUUUUACUGGAUGCGAUCCUCUCGUUUCUCAUAUUCUCCGUCGUAGUGGUGACUAUUGUCUUCUUGGGCCUCGCUCUGGGUAACUUUGCUUUUCUGGGCCUUUUUGUAUUGGCGCUCCUGGCGACGUCGAUCAUCAUCCUGCUGCUGCCUUAUUUGAUCGAUCCCGUGCUGGGAAAACGUGUGCCGCUCGAGAACCAAGCAUUGAAGUUAGAGCUGGAACAACUCACUGCCAGAGUUGGUUUUCCCAUGAGACAGGUGCAUAUAAUUAGGGUACGGGAUCCGACCACGGGUAGCAACGCCUUCUUCUACGGCAGCUGCUGCCUCAAACGGAUUGUCAUCUUCGAUACGCUGCUAUUGAAUCGUGGAUUCCGCAGUGGCUUUGAACUGCCGCCUGAAGAUGUUGGCAAAGGUCUGCGGGAUAGCCAAGUGGUGGCCGUGGUUGCUCACGAGCUGGGUCACUGGAAGCACGGACAUUUCUACAAGGGACUCGCUAUGUUCACCACACAGCUGCUGCUGACGCUGCUGCUCUUUGGCUUGUGCUUUCCACAUGGUCCCAUCUAUGAGGCCGUAGGAUUUGAGCCUGGUCUGCAGCCGAUAAUUGUGGGCUACCUGAUCAUCUUUGGAUAUGUGCUGCUGCCGUAUUUCACGCUUUCCAAUGUGUGUAUGUUGACGGUGACGCGACACUUUGAGUACGAGGCAGAUCGGUUUGCCUUUCGGCAUGGCUACGCUGCAGCCCUGAGGCAGGCGCUGCUCAAGUUGUAUGCAGACAAUCUAUCGUUUCCCAUUACGGACGAUUGUUACUCGAUAUGGCAUCAUACACAUCCCCCAAUGCUGCGACGAUUGGCCCAACUCGAGUGGUUGGAGCGGAACCACAGACUGUGAU